CAGAAUUUAAUCACAUUUCUCUUUUUCUUUCAGAUGCUACUUUGGUUGUGUGAAAGCUGCUUGGUGAUUGAGUAAUAUUAGCUGUACACUGUAGUAAAAAAUAUUAGAUUACCAUUGGCUACUACUAGUGCUUCACCCAUCUCGAAAAGACACAAACUUGUUUGAGAGCCAGGUCCAUCAACACAGACAUCCGAUUCCUCUACUGACUGAAGUAUGUCUUUGUCAGGAAGAUACAGGUGCAGAGUCAGUUAAUCCAGCAGAAUUGAAAAGAGAACAUGCUGGAUCUGGCUAUCGAACUCUAGCAGAAAAUAUAAGACAUUUCCAUAAAGUGAAAGCACUUCCUAUAUUCAUAAACAUAUGCAUAUUAGAUGAUGGUGAUGGUAUUGAAAAGAGUUUGAACAAGAACAAUGGACAGCACAAAUCUUGCUACAUCAAAUUUAACAGGACCAAACUUAAAGGGACUGAGGAGAAAAAAUAAAGAACUGAGUAAGCUGUGGAUCACCUUGAUGAACUGCAGAGGAAAUACAUACGUUUAACUGAUGAACACAAAGGGCCUCCAGAAAAAGAAGUCUGCUUUAUUUGUGAAAUGAGCUUACCAUCAGAAGACCUCCAUGAAGCUUCUACCCUCAGCAUUGAUAGUCGAGUCCACAAGAGUGCACUUCAUCUGCAAAACCAGCACUUGGUUGCACAACUAAGUGGAGGGGAUUUAGAGGCCCAAGAGGCAAAGUAUCAUGCAAGAUGUUUGGUGUCUCUCUACAACAAAGCCAGGGAGAAGAAAACUGAGCAAAGCAACACAGAGAAGACAUCACGUGGGAUUGCCUUUGCUGAACUGAUAGCAUACAUUGACGAGACAAGACUGAAUGAAGACGUGGCUCCAUUCUUUAAACUAGCAGACCUCAAAAGGCUCUAUACAGCUAGACUAGAACAGCUGGGGAUGACACUGGCAGGGCGCAUUCACAGCACUGAACUAAAAUCCCAUAUAAUUUCACAUACUCCAGAUCUCCAAGCACACAUGAUGUGCUCCUUACCUUCAACCAGGAUAUUGGAUAUGCAUGCCAAAAAGCAUGUGAGGAAGAAGCUCUUUACCUAUCCCAAACAGCAACAAUUAUUCAAAGGGACAUGUUUCAAAUGAAAACAGAAUUUCAUGGAUAAUUUGACCCAGGAUGCCAAGAAACAUUUGUUCCCAUGUCACUAUUGGCACUGAUGUCCGUGAUAUUGGAUGGUCCAAACAUUAAAACUCACUCAGAGCAAGUUUCCAUUCCUCCAGCUACCUUUACUUUGGCACACCUGUUGCAGUACAACAGCAAUAUCUGUCACCAUGAAGGAACAGAAAGUUUAUACCACAACAAAGCAUGAGAAAUGCAUUUACCUAUCUAUGUUGGUUUAACACUUCGUGCACAGACAUGAAAAAGUGAGCUACCAGAUACCUUCUUUAAGCUUGGAUUGGCCAUUUCCUAUGGCAGAGUAUUGGCCAUCUCUACCAGCAAACAGUGCAUGCCAACACUUGGAGGAUGAGAAUGUAGUCUGUCCUCUAAAGCUUUGUGAUGUAUUGUUCACUACUGUGGCCAUAGACAUCACAGACCACAAUCCCAGCCCCACCACAGCAACAGACUCCUUCCGUAGAACUAGGAUACCACUUUUUCAGCCUCCCAGUACGUAAGUGGAGGGAGAUGUCCAUGGAAUUCCCACCCCUGACUGUGAGACUGUAGUAUCAGUGAAGAAGAUUUUAUCGUCACUUUCUGAGUUUUACACAAUUGUCCCUCCAGUGAUCUUAAGAAAAUGAAUACUCCCAUCCCUGUCACAAAUGUUGAAAUCAAGACUGACUGCCUACUGAUUACCCAAGCCCUGCAAGAAGAAUGCAGGUGGCUUGAACAAGUUAGUCAAGCAGCAAGUCUGGAUAACUUCAAUGGAGAUGAAGACAUUUCCUGGGCAACUUAUCAUGCCAGCAAGCAGCCAGUGCCAGACUUCGCUCCAGUCAUCAAUGUGCUUCUUCCCAUCUUUCCAGAUGACUCCAAGUCUGUGGCAAUGAUUCAUCAUGUCAUGGAUGUGAUGAGGAACGCUAUACUCCACCUAAAUCUGUAUGAAGUGCCAGUGAUCACUGAGGACUAACCCCUUCUCACCAUAAACAAACAGAUACAGUGGACCUGGCCUGCUGGGUAUGGCGAGGACAAAUCUGUUAUUAUGUGGUCUUCAUCUGGAAAUGUCAAGUUUAACUGGAGAUUGGCUAGAAGAUAGUGGACAGAUAGAAGCCCUUGUUCAGGCCAAAGUGGCCUCCCUAGGAAUGGCUGACUUCUUGAAAGUGUGUCAUGUCAUACGUACUAGGCAUGCCCAUCGAGUAACUGCCAACAGUCUGUGCAUCUUGCUCCAAAAUGCACACAUACCGUGUACCCAAAGUCUCAAGGAAGAUGAGGUCCUCAUGAGGUAUAAAUGGUGUGACAAGCGAAAAUUAGAAAACCCAGUGUUCUACUUCUGGCAUACCACACUUCAUUUGGAUCUACUUGUAUUGACCUGUGUGCUGUAAAUCCACCAGGCAAACUUUGCUCUCUACAGUGAAUGCCUUGGAAAGCUCUCACCCUCGUUCUUUGUGUUAGAUCAUACUAAUUAUGCACGUUGGGUGCCUGUUCACCUUCAAGAUAAGGAGAACCCUGGCUCCCUCUGAUUGAGCUGCAGGUUUCUAUGGAGACAGCGUCCUGGCAACAACUCUCAGCAGCCGUUUUCUUCCCAUCUACCAGGCCUGGUGGCAGCAGGCCCCGCGGAGAGGGAGAGGACCUGGCUGCCACUAGCAGCAGGAAGGGACGGAUGGACAUCCAGGCUGUCUAGCUGCACUCUAUGAAUCUUUGCAUACAGCUAUCCCAGAAGUAAAAACAUAUUAAAAAGCCGAGCAGAGACAUCCAGCAGAGAGGUUGCUAGGAUGCAAGGGAAGGAUGGGCAACCAUGUCCUGCCCUAAUCCAACACUGACAUAAAUUAUUGAAAAGAAAAUGGCACAACGAAGCCCAAUCUUUCCGACACUUGCCCCUACUGAAAGACGGAUUCGAAAUAUACCACUACACAGCCAAGCUUUGACCGCGGUCCCAUUAGCAUCUGCAAGUCUUGUGGAUCAGCUAGAAGACAGAAUUCUAAGCCAUGAGAAAACAACUGCUGCCCUUGUGGAACACGCUUUUCGCAUUAAGGAGGACAUUGUUUCCACUUUGCAUAGAAUGCAGAACAAAGGGGGAGGAGAUCGGUUGGCUAGGCAACUCUUAGAAGAACACAUCCGAAACAUAACAGCAAUAGUGAGGCAGCUUAACCGGGACAUUGAGACGCUGCAGGAACAGAUACGUGUCAGGGAUAACCUCAGUUAUGGAACUAAUUCUACCUUAAAGAGCCUGGAAAUGCGGCAGUUGUCUGGUUUGGGAGAUCUUCGGGGGAGAGUUGCAAGGUGCGAUGCCGGUUUAGCCAGAUUGUCUGCAGAGCACAAAAUUACGUAUGAAAGACUUCAAAGCCUAAGCAAAGACCAACAAGCUUCUAAAAUGAUCUUGGAAUCUAAAAUCAAAGAGGCAGAAAUACAGAUUUCUUACCUUCUGAGCAGAGUAGAGCAGUCAAUAAUGCAACAAGAAGCAAAACUGAAGAUUGCCUACAAAGAGAGCAACCAACAGCUCCACCUUCUGGAUGUUAAAUUAAAAGGUGCAGUAGAGGAACUCAGCAGCCAGAUAUUGUCUGCUCGCAGCUGGUUGGAACAGGAACAUGAACGGAUUGAAAAAGAGCUUUUACAGAAAAUUGAUCAGAUUUCCUUGGCCCUUAAGGAAAAGACCGAAAUGAGUGAAAGGGCCAUAGAGAUGAGAUUCAGCCAGAUGUCAGAGAAACUUGAUAAAAUAGAAGAAAUACAAAAAAUAAGCGUGGAAGAACAUGGAACAAAACAGGCUGAAGAGAAGAUAAAUAUUCGAAUCAGCAAGCUUCAGAUGGAGAUUAAUGAAGAUAUAAAAGAAAUGAAAGCUGAAGUUAAUGCUGGGUUUGCGGCUAUCUACGAGAACAUUGGGUCCCUACAGGAAGUUCUAGAAGCCAAAAUGAAACUUGACAGGGAUGAGCUACAGAAGCAGAUUCACCAAAAGAAGCAGGAAGUUCCGACAUAGGGAGAGUCGAGACCACGACUGAUGACAAGAUUUAUUCAGAGAGAAGAGCAUUUAUGUGUCUAAAUAGGCUAUAACCUCAUUCCAAUUUGUAAUUAAGUGCAUGUACCAAACAACAUGCUUCUGUUCCACAGGUGUGUGUUUACUGUAAGCGGUAAAUGCAAGCUUUUAAUAGCUAAGUUGAUAAAUAGUUUUUAUGGGGCAAAGCUCUAGCUCACAAUUGUCUUACUCCAGUUGAUUUCAGUGGAGUUACAGCUGUUUAAAAGUGGAGUAACGCAUUGGUGAAUGUGAUGCCAAAUUUGUUAAAGGAGCCUCAGUGCUACCUCCACUUUUGUGGGUUUUGAAAUAUUAGCACUUGUACCCAUAGUUAAUUGCUCUGAUGAAAAGUCAAGCCUUAACAGGUCAAUGUCACUUUGCAAUUCACCACAUUGCCAGAUGUUUCUCCCAUUGAAGUCACUGGAAAUAUUCCCAUUAACUUCAAUGGGAGCAGAACUGGCUUCUAACAGAACAGUUUUUAAAAUCCAAUACCAUCAGAGAAUGACACCUUUGCUUCAUUAAAAUAAAUCUUGUGUGUGUGCCUGCAUGUGUGUUAACUAUAUAGUAUUAUAUUUUGUAGUUGUAGGCUAACAAUAAUCCAUUUGAGCAACACAAGCAACUUAACAUUUCGUUCGAAGUCCUUAGAUAUUGUGAUCUUUCUAAUUAAUAUCUAGAUAGGGCUGAGAUGGGGGUGAAGGAUAGUGUAUACAGUAUUUUAUUGUAAGUUUUAAUAUCAGUUGUGUUCUUGUGCAUUAUUUCAUUAUGUCAGUGUAAACUUUGAGGGUUUUGCUCUCAGUGGAGAAAGUGAUCAUUCAAAUAAUUCUGGAGAACAUGAUGUAAAAAUAAGAUGCAUUUUGAUGUAUCUUCAAAUGUUUUAUGGUCUACUAGGAAUUUUUAUUGCUGAUGUAAGACAACUGACUCUUCAAAUUUAAUUUAUUUAGGUAGGUUUUAAUAAUUUAGCAUGGAUAAGUAGAUUUGAAUUAGUAUUGCAUUUACAAAAUUUCCAAAGAAUAUUUUCAUCUCUUAAUGUACUUUAUAUUACACUGGUGCUUAUUUCAAUUUCCAUAAUAGAUUACACAAUGAAAAUCAGCACCAGCACUGUGUAGUAAUCUAGAUGGGAAAACAAGUAUUUUAUAUAUUCAUUCAGGGCCUAAUCCUGCUCCCUUUAUCGUCAAGUGGUGCAGGAUCAAGCCAUCACUCAGAAUAUAUGGCCUGAUCCAAAAUCCAUUGAAGUCAAUAGGAGUCUGCAAUGGCUUCAAUGGGCUUUUGCCCAGGCCCAUAUUGCCAAAUGCUGGUGCCAUUGAAUUGUCAGUGGCAAACUCCCAAUGACUUCUAUGGGCCAAAGGUAUGGAACAAAUAGUACAACAGUUAAGGCCCCAAUCCUGCAAGGUCUUAAAACCCAUUGAUUUCAGUAGGACAAUGCCCAGUGUGUAACAGUAAGUAAAUGCAUAAGUCUUUGCUGGAUCAAGGGCUAAAUUAGCAUUUGCUGCCAAUAUAGCCCAAAGUGUUUUUAACAUAUUAUAGAACCUUAAAACUUUACAACUUUGAUUUCCAAUGCUCUCUAAUGGCAAAAAAGACUCUUUUAGUCCCACUUUGUGUCACCCAGUUGGCCACCUGCUGUGAAAUAUAAUUAAAAUGGCAGCUAGAGAUAAGAUUCCUGUUCACUGGGAGGAGAUGGUUAAAACAUUUAAGGUAUUUCUUAAAAGUUGUUUUUAAAAUUCCUUUUCUUGAUGUCCGUUUACCUAUCUAGUCAAUAUUUAGCCAUAUGCGGUGGAGAAGAGAUCAUUUCGUUUUGUAACCCUCUUCCCCACAAAAGAUAUUUUUCUUCUAUAAUAGGAAACCUGUAACAAAAUGAAUCUUACAGGAAAUGAACAAUCAUACGGUAAGUCAGAGAAACAAUUUAUAUAUGAUUUUAAUAAAAAUGUUUCUCUUGUAAAA